GUGCGCAGUUAGCCAAUGGACAAAUGAUGAGACAACGAUCAAGCAUGGGCGGUUAAUUCGCUCCUUCUUUAUUGACUAUAUAUUGUCAUUAAUCGAUUCUAUGGCAAGGGUUAAAAAGAAACAUAUAGACAUGUAAAAAUAUUGGAUUCAUUGUGUAAACAAUUACUUGAAGUCGAAAAGAUGUGUUUUAAAAGUUAGAAACUACAGAUCAGCUACCAAAGACAGUGGAGAGGAAGAGGAGAAGGGGGAGUGCGUUUUUGACCAACAGUUUUCCCAUUUCGAUUAGGAAAAUUGACAGGAGCCUAGAAUAAUGGAGAGAUCGUGGUUAUGGACGUAUUACGCAAUUUUCAUAGUGAAUGUGAUACUUUUAACAGCGAACCUUGCUAAUUGUUUUGUAUGGUAUGGGGAUCGCCGCCAUUUCUUAAACUCUUUAGACCCAGAAAAAAUUCAUAAAGUUCAUCAUAAGCAGGCAGAUAAAUCAAAACACUCUAGCCAGCCAUUAUACACGUUUUGGAGACGACGACGUUAUUCAUUAUCACCAACUCUCCCAAAUUAUCUAAUAGAGGAUGGGCGACUUUCAACGUUAAAAAAGAUUGAACAAUUAUUAAAAGAUAAAAUUCGAAUUCAUUCUAAUGAAGUGUUAGCAAAAUCCGAUGUAUAUUCAAAAAGUACAGUGCCUUAUUAUAAAAAGUAUCACGAAUUUUUACCUGCUCAUACAGAAAAUAUCACGAAAUCUUUUCAAAAAAUCUCGGAUUUAGGUAAUAUUUAUUUUAACGACGAAAGACCACUACAUAAAUCUUUUAACUUUAACCCGCGUUUUAAUGGCCAGGGAAAAAUAAAGAACAAUUAUGAUACAGAAGAAUCUUCGGAUAACUGGCCUUAUCUUGAAUCUAGCGUUAUUGAGAAACAUUUGCCAGAAGGCGGUAUAGAUAACAGCCAGGGUUUAAAAAAUUAUCAAGGGUUUCCAUCAAUACCCAUUUCCUAUAUACCCGAGCAAACUUCUGAACCUAGAAACCUAGUUUCUGAAUUCACGGAUGACAGUUUGUUUGGUCAAUCCAAGUUUCUAAACAGUGAAAAAGAUUUAUUUUUAACGUCCCCGCCUUUAAAUGACAUGUUUGAUAGACAAACAGGCCUUUCAAGCGGUUUUGAGACGUUAGGUUUAGCAGGUCCCCAGAUUCAAUCCGAUGAAGGUUUCGCUGGAAGUGAGUUUACUAAUGCUGGUGCUUCUCAAAGUGGUGGGCCCACUAACGGUGAAUUCUUUGGGGGUAGUUUUGUCGAUACAAGCGGCAGCUGGGGUAGCAUUACAGGUUCUGAUGAUACUGGUUCCGCACGUGUUAGUUUCGGGAAUACUGGUGCCGAUUCCGGUUUUACAGACAACGGCUUUUCGGAUAUAGAGUUUACUCAUUCUGGUUCGACAAGCAGAACAUCCCAAACGGCUAUCGAGAGCUCUGCAUCUAGCUGGUCUGGCGGUGGAUUUGGCGAGUUUGGUCAAUCGAAUGGACCUACAACUGGUGGAGCCGGUUUUGUAAACGAUGGGUCUCAGUGUGAAGGUAUAGACACUAGGACGUGUUUAACAGAUGCGCAGUGUGUUUGUUAUGGUUUUUAUCACUGUUCUAACAGUUUGUGUACGGUCAUUGGUAGUGCUGCAUCAGGUACUCCGACGACUCAAGACGAUACGUGGCAUGAAGUUCCAAUGGAAGCCUUUCCUAGGCGAUAGCGGCUUACUGGUGUUCGAAGUUUUGUUUUUUGAAACAAAGUUUUGCAUCAAGUUUCAUGAAAUCACAGUAAUUUCAAUUUGUGUGGUUAUCGUCCGUAUGAGAUUGAAAACGUUCCUGAAUUAUUUGUAAUAUAUCUCCUACAGGGUUGUGCUUAAUUUGGCCGACUGAACUAGUCAAGCGACAAUCUCUACCAUCACUCCUUCAGGUUGUGAGGUUCAUGUGAUGGAAUAAAAUGUUAUAGAGAUUGGUCUAGUGACAAGAAAUAUUACCUUAAGAUUGAUUCUUUUAAGGUAUUAGUGAGCCUAGUGUAUAUUUUUAGAAGCUAGGAAUGUUAUAUGUGUUCUGUCUAAAAUUCAAGAGCCUUAUGAACAUUUGACAGUGUUUCGGUUUUUGCAAACAUGUAACCAUUUCAAUGUUUAUUAAAAUGUAUUAUAAUAUAUAUAAUUUAAUUUGUUUCCGUUUAGUAUAUGUCUUUUGUUGUAUCCAUAUUAA